AACACUUAAUGCAUAUCUACACAAAAUUAUGUAACGACCAAUGCAAACUAUUACACCAUAUACAACGCUUCUACUAUGAACAACGAUACUAACAUUGUCAUUUUUAUCGCAAUAAUCGGUGAACAACGCGAGCUAAUUGUAUGGCGAACAUUUGCUGGUCACAAUGAAGCUGAUCUACAUUUAUCCGCUUACGCCGCGAUGGAUAUCAUACAGGAAAAGCUGGUAAUUCAACAUUAUUCUUCAACUGCUAGAGAUAAUGCUGAACCUUAUCUCGGUUUUAUUACCCCAACCUUAGUGGGUGAGGAAUUUUACAAAAUUCAUGCGUACUCUGCUGCUACCGGUUUUACAGUCAUUGGUAUAUUCAAUGAUCAGGAUUUACAUCCAACUACAAUAAAACGAUUUUUUGAAAAAAUUCACACUUUAUUUGCGAUGACCAUAUGCAACCCAUUGAUGUCGAUGAGAUUCCAAUCCCCAAAAUUCAUCUCAGAGAUAGAUCGGAUAGCUGCUACGUUUACAAAGUCGGAGUGAAUCAGGUCGCGUUGUUCGGGACAAA